AGUCCUGUGAUUGGUCAGACACAUACGUUUUAGUUUCAUAAACAUCAUCAUCACACUGUUCAGGAGCUGAGAGGCUUGGCUGCAGUCGGCAAGAAUGCAUUUGAACAAGGUUUUGAGGGCAAGUGUCCGAACUGGACUCCGGUACCAGAGCACCAAUGCUCAGGCUGCAACCAGUGUAGCUCGAGCACCACAAGGCGGAUACUCUUUUGAAUUGACUGAUCAACAGAAGGAAUUUCAGGAAUUGGCCAGGAAGUUUGCCAGGGAGGAGAUUGUACCUGCAGCUGCAGAAUAUGACAAAAGUGGCGAAUAUCCUUUCCCAAUCAUCAAAAGAGCAUGGGAGUUGGGUCUGAUGAACUCUCAUAUUCCAGAGGAAUGUGGUGGAAUGGGCCUGAGCAUAUUUGACUCCUGCCUUAUCACAGAGGAAUUGGCUUAUGGCUGCACAGGUGUUCAGACUGCCAUUGAGGCAAACUCGCUUGGUCAAAUGCCAGUUAUCAUCGCUGGGAGUGAUGCACAGAAGAACAAAUACUUGGGUAGGAUGACUGAGGAGCCCCUGAUGUGUGCAUACGGUGUUACAGAGCCUGGGGCAGGCUCGGAUGUGGCAGGCAUCAGGACUCGGGCUGUGAAGAAAGGAGACGAGUACAUUGUCAAUGGACAAAAAAUGUGGAUCACAAAUGGAGGGAAAGCUAACUGGUACUUCCUGUUGGCCCGCACUGACUCAGACCCUAAAUGCCCAGCCAGCAAAGCUUUCACAGGCUUCAUAUUGGAUGGGGACACUCCAGGGAUCCAGAUUGGAAGGAAGGAAAUGAACAUGGGCCAGAAAUGCUCAGACACCAGGGGCCUCACUUUCGAGGAUGUUAGAAUACCUAAGGAGAACGUCCUCAUCGGUGAAGGCGCUGGCUUCAAGAUAGCCAUGGGGGCUUUCGAUAAGACAAGGCCUCCAGUUGCUGCUGGAGCUACUGGCCUGGCUCAGAGAGCUCUUGAUGAGGCGACCAAAUACAGUCUGGAGAGGAAGACCUUCGGCAGGGUUAUUGCUGAUCACCAAGCCGUGGCCUUCAUACUUGCUGAGAUGGCCAUGAAAGUAGAGCUGGCCAGGAUGGCCUGGCAGAGGUCUGCCUGGGAGGUGGACACCGGCCGAAGGAACACAUACUUUGCCUCCAUCGCCAAAGCCUUUGCUGGAGAUAUUGCCAACCAGUGUGCUUCGGAUGCCGUCCAGGUCUUUGGUGGAAAUGGAUUCAAUAGUGACUAUCCUGUUGAGAAACUCAUGAGGGACGCUAAAAUUUAUCAGAUUUAUGAAGGCACCGCUCAGAUCCAGAGAAUAAUCAUCUCAAGAGAACACCUGGGAAAAUACAAGAAAUGAAUGAAUAACUGAAUGAGUAUGACGCCCGUCGAUGGUGAUUUAACCCCAUUCUACAUCCUUUGUACAGUUUAAAGUAGUUAUGAACAAUAAUAGUUGCUGCAUCUCAGGAUAACUCAAAGCUGAUUGCCUUACGCUCUCCAAGGGCUGCUCUCUCAUGUGUGUGACUGUGCACGCUCACAAAACACUUUCUGUGUCCUUGCCAUAUCUUUGAUUAUUAUGGCCAGUUGUCAACAUGCCUUGUUCUUGUUUGUGUUUGUCAUUAUAAAUACGAGUGGCCUGUCACAGUAGUGAGAUUUGAACAAAUGCAGAUUUGUAUGUGCUGUCCACUGACUUUUUUUAUUCCAAUGUAUUUAAAACUGGAAUGAAUGGAUACCAAUUUAAUAAAUAUAUUCCAGA